AUGUCGGCCCGAGACCAGAUGCGCCAGAAGCUCGACGAGCUGAUGGGCACUGGUCGAGAUGGCACCAAGAACCCGAUUCACUACUCGGACCCCAAGGUGUGUCGCUGUUUCCUCCUGGGACUGUGUCCUCACGAUGCUCUGGCAGGCACCAAGAUGUCUUUGGGUGCCUGUCUGAAGAUACACAACUACGCGCUCAAGGCCGACUUUGAAAACAGUUCGACGACGUACCGCUCCAGCCAACAUCGCUUCUAUCAGUUGACGGUGCUCACCUAUCUCCAAAAGGUGGUCCGUUCUUGCGAAAUACUUGACAGGGCUAAGAAGGGCAGGCUGACCCGCUGUCAGUCGAGCUCCUGGAACGGCAGCGCGGCGGAAAAGGCCAAGGAGCUCAAGACGUACGGAGAGACGGUGGACAAGAAACUCGUCCAGGCAGAAGAACUGGGCUCUCAGGGCAAAGUUGACGAGGCCCUGGCUCUUAUUCGCGAGGUGGAGAAGCUCAAGCGAAAGCGGAACCGUAUUGAAAAGUACCUAUUCCGCAAGAGCAGCGAACCUGCGAAAGAACAGAAGCAGAUCAUCUGCGACGAGUGCCUCCUCUGCAUCGGCCUGGAUGACAACGAACAGCGGGUGGCGAACCACUCAAGUGGUCGUCUUCACAACGCCCUUCUUGAGAUGAGACGCAAGAUCGCGGGACUAGCCGCAAGCCUCGAGAAAGCCCAACUGCCCAUCGAGACACAGUUCCCGAAGUUGGUCAUCGAGUUCCUCGUCGUCAAGGUCACGGUUCUCGUCGUCUCGGUCGACAAUAAGUUCCAGGAGGUCGUCGAGGUCCUGGUCGAGGUCUAG